AUGGCCGUAGGUGGAGGAGACGAAACUACUACACAACGUAUGUUGCGAAUGACUGACAUUAUCAAUGAACCUCUCGAGUUCCUGACCCCUAUUAGUGGUUAUGCUAAAAUGCCACUAGUGUCACUCGAACAAGCGUUAGAACCCUUGGUCUCUAUUCUACCAGAAGUGCAAAGUCAUGUCUAUGUGGCCAAACAAAGAUGCAAGAAACCUGCUGAUAACUUAACACAAGAUGAAUCUGCUUCGAUCAUGCUCUAUACAAUGUCAUGGGAGCCACUAGAAGAAUGCUUGUACAUAGUUCUCAAUCAAACAUUACGAUCAGCAAAUCGACAACAAAAACUAAAACCAUGGUAUUCUUAUUUAAGACUUUUUCUCAAUGCAUUACUUCGACUUCCACCGCUCAACGAAAUUAUCUACAGAGGUGUAAAACUAAACAUGAGUGAUCGAUAUAUAAAGGGUGAAACAGUUGUUUGGUGGGGUUUCUCAUCAUCUACCAGUCAUGUCGAAGUUCUUCAAUCAGAUCUGUUUUUGGGUAAAACAGGUGCUAGAACCAUCUUCACUAUAAAAUGUGAAUCAGCAAGAGACAUUCGUAAACACUCUUAUUUUCCAGAAGAAAGCGAAGUAUUGGUUCUUGCUGCCACACAGUUCGAAGUAAUGAGUUAUCUCGACCAGGGUGAUCUUCGUAUAAUCCAGCUGAAAAAAACUCGACCACCACAUGCACUGCUGCAGUUGCCACCAGUUGUUGGUUCUUUACCACAAAGUCCACCACCACCAGCAGCUUCAGUUCCCAAAGAAAAAGCAAGCAGCACUACCAAUAAAACCACAGCUACACCAACAGCACAGUCGUUGCAAAAGCUGCUACCCAAACCCGUGUAUCGCAAUGCAGAUCUGGAACAAGAAAUUGCUAAUCAAAAGGGCAAAACUGAAUUGAAAUUAAUCUUCAAAAGCCUAACCGAUAAAGACAUGGAAAUCGUAGCUUACUAUGCAAUGCAAGAAAACAAAACACUCACCACACUCAACCUCUCGUACAAUCAAAUCGGCGACGCGGGUGCCCAAUACGUGAGUGAUGCACUUCGACACAACACCACACUCACCANAGAUCGAAGAUGA